GUGGAGCCAGGGGUUGAGAGGGAGGAAAAAAAUAAGUGAAGGGGGAAAAGAGAGAAAGCAGACACAACAGAAACUGGGGGAGACGGAGGACUAGCUGCGUCAGUCAUAUUUAUUUAAGAUCAUAUAGGCUUAAUAUCACCUGAAGUGCCGCGGUCUAGGAGGGGAAGACACCAAGAUGAUAACGCCCUAUUUCCUGGAACAUUUCUGGGGUGAAAAAAACAAUGGCUUCGACGUCCUGUACCACAACAUGAAAAAUGGCCAGAUCUCCAGCAAGGAGCUCACCGACUACAUCAGAGAAAGGUCCACCAUUGAAGAGACCUAUGGAAGAUCCAUGACCAAACUGGCUAAGUCUGCCAGCAACUUCUCUCAGCUAGGGACGUUCGCCCCUGUGUGGGAGGUGUUUAAGACCUCGACGGAGAAACUGGCCGGGUGUCACCUGGAGCUGGUGCGGAAACUUCAGGAAAUCAUGAAGGAAGUCCAGAAAUAUGUAGACGAGCAGGCCAAAGCACACAAGAAGACUAAGGAGGAGGUGGCGUCGACGCUGGAGGCGGUGCAGAACAUCCAGACGAUCUCGCAGGCCCUGCAGAAGGCCAAAGAGAACUACAACAGCAAAGUGCUGGACCAGGAGCGGCUACGCAAGGAGGGAGCCACCGCCCGGGACGUGGAGAAGGCUGGAGUGAAGGCCAAGAAGGCCACUGAGGCCUACAAGUCAUACGUGGACAAAUAUGCCACUGCCAAGACUGAGUUUGAACAGAGGAUGGCAGAGACUGCACAGAAAUUUCAGGGUAUUGAAGAGAGCCAUAUUCUACACAUGAAGGACAUUAUUCAGUCUUACUCCCGUUCUGUUGAAGAGACACACGUUCAGAUCGGAGAGGUGCAGAAAGAGUUUGUAAACAACAUCGAGAACACUUCAGUGGAGAGUCUCAUCAAGAAGCUGGCGGAGAGCAAAGGAACCGGCGGGGAAAGACCAGGUCCCAUUGAGUUUGAGGAGUGUAACGUAGCUGUUGCUACUGAGGGAAUCAAACCCAAGAAGAGAAAGGGCUUUGGGAUACCGAUACGAAAGAAAGACAAAGACACAGACUCCACAGAGUCCACGGAAGGUGAAACAAACACUGCCAAUGGUGCUCCCCCAGGAUACUACGGAGCCAUCGAUGUUCAGAACGCUAAUGCGCCCCAGGUGGAUGAGGAAGGCUUCUGUAUCCGCCCAGAGCAGAACGACAAUGAUGCCAAAGAAAACUCCUUCUACUCGUCCAGCGACUCGGAGGAUGAGGACGAGCCCAGGAAGUUCAAAGUGGAGAUCAAACCUGUGCAGCCCAACAACACCAACGAUCAGCACCGCGCCACUCUUGACCAGCUGAAGGCCUCCAUCAACAACAUCACUCUCUCACCGUCCACAUCGGUUCAGAUGAGGAGGAACCAGUCCAGGGUGCCGAGGGGGCCCAAACGCUCCUCACUCACGGGAGCGCCGGGUGAUGAACUCGGGAGACCCAGAGGGAAUUUCAACGAGAACAAACUGACCAACAACGACUUGCUGUCUCUGGACCCCUUUGGGCCCUCCGCAACAGCUGGCUCCGCCUCUUCGGCAUCAGCCGCCGCAGUGUCUCCUCCUAACAGACCCACCACUCCUCUGAAUGCGGGGGCGUUGGCUCCACCCCCUCCUCGCCCGUCAUCACGACCCAAACUACCAGCAGCCAAACUGGCCGGUAUCACAGAGAUGAGUCGGCCGUUCAGCCCUCCGAAGGUGGCCAACUCCAGCCCGCCCCCCACAGCACCCCUGGCGCGGGCAGAGAGCUCCUCGUCCCUCUCCUCCAACGCCUCAUUCAGUGCCUCCAACACUCCCACCGUGGAGGAUGACGUGUUCAUAGGGAAGCUGCCCACCUUUGAGAAGCGCUGUGAGACACCAGCAGGGACAUCUCGUGGCCCAAGUCCAGUGACACUGGCAUCCCAGGAUCCUUUGCCAAUCGCAGUGGCCUUCACAGAAUCUGUUAAUGCCUACUUCAAAGGGGCCGACCCCAGCAAGUGUAUUGUGAAGAUCACGGGUGACGUGACGCUGUCGUUCCCUAGUGGCAUCAUUAAGGUGUUCACAGGUGUGCCCUCACCUGCGGUACUCAGCUUCCGCCUCCGGAAUACCAGCCGACUGGAGCAGAUCCUCCCCAACCAGCAGCUACUGCACAGUGAUGCAUCCCAGAGCGACCCCGACACUAAGGACUUCUGGCUGAAUAUGCAGGCGCUCACUGCCUACCUGCGCAAGACGGCCGAACAGAACCCCUCAGCGUCCUACUACAAUGUGGACAUCCUCAAGUACCAGGUGAACGCUAACGGGAUCCAGUCGACCCCCCUGAACCUGGCGGUGUACUGGAAGUGCGCCGAGACCACCACGGACCUGCGCGUGGACUUCCGCUACAACCCCGAGGCCAUGGGGCACCCGGGCACGCUCGCCAACGUCCAGGUCCUGGUGCCCGUCGACGGAGGUGUCACCAACAUGCAGUCGCUGCCCGCGGCCAUCUGGAAUGCGGAACAGAAUAAGUCGCUAUGGAAACUGGGCGAUAUCUCGGAGAAGUCAGAGGAUGAAGGGUCAGGCUCUCUGAGGGCGAAGUUUGAGCUGUCGGACGGUCCGUCCACCCCGGCGACUCUGGCGGUGCAGUUCGUCAGUGAGGGCAGCACGCUGUCCGGCGCAGACCUGGAGCUUCUGGGGGCCGGAUACCGGCUCUCCCUCAACAAGAAGAGGUUUGCCACAGGGCGCUACAUGGCGGACUGCUGAGUGGACAUCAGAGGUGCACCCAAACAGACAGCCUCUCGAGGAGUUGUUUUUUUAUCUCUACUUUUUUUGUCCAUCGUCGUCAUCCUGUCUUUGUGGGAGGGGGGCAUUGGACCUUACACACCUCACCCCCCCCCCCACCCCACCCCACCCUCUUGAACACUUUUACCCUUCCCACCCCCCCGUUACCCCAACCCUCACUCUCCCAUAUGCCCCUCGUCUUGGGCACAGAGAAGGUUAGAGGCACUGAUCCCUGUGGAGGCUGUCUGCGGAAGAAGAAAGAGGAGGAUAAAGCAUUAAAAAAAAAAAAAAAAAAAAGAAAUAGAAUGUCAGGAAAUUUUAAUAAUUGAAAAACAAAAGAGAAAAAAAUCUUUAAUACUUUCUGUGAUCUACUCGGGCUUUCAUAAAGUCAAAAUGGUAGGGCUUGUUUUGAUAUGUAUAGUUAACAAAUAAGUGUAAUAAGGAUCAAUGUAAAUGUGCUGCGUAUCGUUGAAAAGAAAGCAAACAAACAAACAAACAAAAAAAAUACUGCACUAACAAUCCUUCCGGCCAUUUUGAUAGAAAAUUGUUUGUUUCUGUUUGUGUUUAUGAACGUUGUGUUAACCACAGGGCUUGGUGAGGUAAAUUUAUAAAACAGGACAGAAUUUAAAUCACGUUUCUUAAACAAACACCACUUUGUGCUCUUUCGAUACAUGUGUUUGCUACUCCCUGUCUUUAGAAAAGCCUCUUCCUGUUUUGUCUUUUGACCGUUUCCGAUGGCCACAGUCUUUCAUAGAAGACACCAGAGGUGCAUUGCCAUGGAAACUAAAGAGGGCUGGCGGCGCUUAGCCGCACCUAUCAGCAUCUAAUGAACUACAGAACUUUUUGUUUGUUUGUUUAUUUGUUUGUUUGUUGUUUGUUUUUCUUCUUAUCUCUCUUGUGUCGUCGUCAUCACCACCACCACCAUGUGCAAUGCAGGUAGAAGCUUUGGGCAGUGAACUGGGUUUCUCCUGUGAAGGGCUCUUACCCGAUAGCGACGGAUCAUGGGGCCACACAAGGCCCACGUCUGGUCCAGCUGUGGCCCAGCUCUGUACUUCCUAUCUGGGUCGUGUCAUUACGAGACCAAGCAAAAACAACCCGCAUCACUGACCCCAGUGCCUCUUUUCUACACCUACAGUACAAACACUUUUUGAUAAGAACCUCUUUCUACGCUACAAAACACCUUUUAUACAGCUAAGCACAGCAGAGAAACAAGCACAUUCAUUUUCUCUUUUUGUUUUCUUUUUUCCAUCCUGUCUCUCUGCCAUUUCUCCUCUGUGUGUCUCUCUGUCUUUACUUAUCAUGUGCCAGUGCCCGUUCGUAUUUUCUUGGAUGUUGAAGGGAAAAUGUUGACUCCUCUCUUUGUUCCUAAACAGUACAUAACGAAUAGUUCUCUAUUCUAUUCUUAUUCUUGAUUUAACCAGAACCCACAGGGGGCGCUGUCUUGUGUUUCCUGUGCUGGAGUUGUGCGUUAGGUGCUAGGGCCACUUAGGUUGGCUUCUGAUCGUUUCACCAUUCUCCGAGUCCCAAGUGCCAAGACACAGACUUGCUCUGUGAACGCCUGAGCUCACUCACCUGUAUUCACCUGCGCACACACCUGUGCACACCUGUCACAUCUCCCCAGCCUUAACUCACUGGGUCACUCUUGAGAUGGAAAGAUGAGAAAAUGAAGGAGAGAGAGAGAGAGAUAGAAAAGAGAGAAGGAGGAUGAUGAAGGGAAGCUCGAAAAAUACAACUCCAAUGCGAAGAGAGAAGCCUUGAUGUAAAGGCUUGUAUCAAUGGAUGGACGGAAACACACAUUUUACACAUAGCUGUGUACUGUAAACAGUUCAACACCCCAUAGCCUUUUUGUAGACAGAUAACAACAACAAGCUAAAGCACCAGCAUCCCUUAAGUCUUUUAUGUGGAGCAAUGAAGGUAUUCCACCAGAGACACUCAGCUGAGACUUCUUGGUCAGCUGUUUGGGAAAAAAGACCAACCUACCUUGUGGACUAUUUCAGAAGACUAGACAAAAAAAUAGCACCACUGAAAUCAGUGCCUUUUAUCUACAUCUAAAAAAAAAAAAAUAGUUUUCGUAACGUCUUGAAGUCCUCAGCUGAAAUCUGGGAGAAGCAUAUCGGCUGGUUAUCGUAAUAGCCUCUAGUCUUCUUUGGAAGACAACACUGCCUCCACACCUGGACUUGAGUCAAGUGACUUCCCUCAUGUGUUUGGGACAACUUGGUGAACAGAGUCACUGCAGACGACCUCCUGUAGUGCGAUAGGCACUAUCCCAUAGUUCCCGGCUGAUCUGUGACCCUGCGGUGGAUCUCCUCAGAGCUGUGAGCCAGUCUCAGUCCCAGGCCUGAUCUGUUUGCGGAGCCUGUUGAUAGUCUUGUCUGUUGUCUGGGGUCCGUCUGUGGUGUAGCAUUGGUGUUGUCUUGUUACCAGCAGAACCUGAAGUGGUCAACUCUGCCUUUACAGUAGCUCAGUCCUAAACUGGGGCGGCCAUCUUGCCUUAUCUUCAUGCGAGGACCUCCAUCCUAAGAGCUUCCCAGACCUUGUGCCACAACUGAAAUUGGGAGAAGCUUUGUGAAUUAUGUGAUUAGUACACACACACACACAUACACACACACACACACUCACUCAGUCACUCAUACAUUCAGUAUUUAUGUUCACGCACACACAUGCAUAGGAAAGUCAGCUUUUUUGAAGGUUUUCUAGCUUUUUGCCAUCGUUGAAUGUGGGUGGUUGGGCAAAGUGUAGCGUGAGGUGGCGGGUAGCCUACUUUGUACGGAUAAUCCAGCAAGCCUUUAUUCUUGAAAGGAGGUUAGAAUCUCCUCUUUUAACCGUUAAAUAAUCCCAAGGACCCCCUUUGCUUAGCCCGUGCUGUAGGGAAAAUGAAUUGAACUCACACCAUUAUUUUUGUUGUGGUAAAAAAUGAGUGAGAGGGAAGUCGACGAGAAGUUGAACUCACGCCACCGCUGUGCUGGUCCCAGGGAAUCGGCAACUGUGCCUGUGGUCCUGUUGGUCCCGUUUUAAUGGGAGCUUUUAAAGAUGUCCCUGACUGAUGGGUUUUUAAGUGUCUGUGUUGCAGUGCAGUCUAAGUGGAGGCAAUUCUGGCCCACACAAGGAUUUGAUGGCGGGAGGGUUUGUCUCAGUCAGUCAGCUGGUUUUGUGUGUGUGUGUGUGUGUGGGCGCUUGCGUGCUAGUAUGACACUGAGCUGAGACUGAUAUCAGCUGUGUGUGUGUGUGUGUGUGUGUGUGUGCGUACGGGUAUGACACUGAGCUGAGACUGAUAUCAGCUGUGUGUGUGUGUGUGUCAGAGAGAGUGUGUGCCUGCGGAUAGCUGAGAUGUGGGAUCUGUACAGGAUCAGGGUCAGGUGAUGUCCAGAUGGUGAUGUGUGUGUCGCACUCAAUCCCCACACACAACGGAAUAUAUGAGCAGCGUGGGUUUUCAGUCCCCACACACAACGGAAUAUAUGUACAGUGUGUGUUUAGCAAGCUGGUUCUUGCUGGCACACACACAUCCAGUGAAAACUCAAAGGCUUUUUUUUUCUCUCUUUUUGAUUUUUCUUUUCUUGUAAAUCACUCACUCUUUCACUGUUGCGGUAGUCUUCUCCCUCGUCUGGUUUUGUCUCCUGGUUUUUAUGUUUGUUGAAGAGCGAAAAGCGGAAAAAAAAGACAACCUGUAUAAAUGAUUUUUUUUUGUUUUCUUGUACAUUUUUACAAAUAUAUCUGCCACUUUUUGUCUUCACUUUGAUUUCAUUUUGUCUGUAAUAAAUGUGUAAUAUAUAAAUAUAUACAAAUAUAAAACUA